AUGGCUGGAGGCCUGGAGCCUGAAUUUUACCUAAAGUGGAAACACUGUGAGACUGGAGGCGUGAAGACUCUGUGCAACCUCACCAAGCUUCUCAAUAAGCUUCAAAAAGAUCACAGAGAUGAUGUCUUCCUUUACACCUCUGGGUACCUAAAUCCCAAUAAACUCUACAGGCCCCCAGAGAGCAUCUUAUGCCACUGGCACAAUGCCAAUAGGCCAAGGAAGGAAAAAGUUUCCAGAGAGAGAAAGCAACCUGACAAGAAGGUUGCAAAAAUGAAGGAUGCCUUCGUGGAUUUUACCAUCAAUACUGCUCUGGUUCCCAAUGAUGCUAAAAACACACCACUAUUCAGGUACUUGAACCCCAAGCCUUCUGUUUCCCACCCAGAUGUUACAAAAGUGGAUUCCAUUCCAGAGGAAAUUGCAAAGGAAAAGAAAGAGGGGAUGAGUGCAGUUCUGUCUGAGCAGCUGAAGAGAGAUGGGUUGAGAUUAUCAGAGAUAAGAGUCCUGAAAUACAAAGCCAUGCGGUCCAGCCGCCAGUGUGUGAUGUCUCCACCUGGCAAGGAUGAAUACCAGUAUGUAGACUCCUAUUUAGCUGGCAUUACAAAAACUGACAGAUAUAAAAGGUUCUUGCACUUCCAAAAGGACAUCGUUGCAAAGCAAGAUCUUCUGAAGAAUGAUUUUACUGGGAGCAAGGCAGUGAAACACCAUGAGCAGAAGUUGGAACAGGAGCUCCAGAAAAUGUGUAUGUGCAACACUCCACAGUUCAGCAGGCUACAAAUCUUUGGGAACGUCUUUGAAGAUAUCUGUAAUAGCUCCUUAAUAUUUGGUGAUCUGCUGAAAGAAAUUAAGAACGAAUAUGAACUCUACAUGGCCAUCCUUCUCGAUUCCCAGCCAACGGCCCAGUACAAGACUUUGUUAGCUCACAUCAAGGGACUAGAAAGGAGAUCUGUGAAGACGGCUGAUGUGGACCAAGCCAGAGAGGAUCUGAGAGUGACUGUGAAGGCCACCAAAGCUGCCCUGGAGCACAAUGACAGACUCAGAAAUGAAUUAGAGACAGAGCGUUUGUUGCUGCAAUCAGCUAAGGAAAAAUCAGAAUCAUCUGAGAAAAAUGUAUUUGAAGAGGAGAACCUUACGCUUAUUGAAAACAUUGAAAAGAAAAGAUGUGAAAUACUCAAUAAAUGGGAUGAAAUUCGAGUUCUUGAAAAAGAAAUGAAAACCACUUUGAUUCAUGUGGGGAUUUCCAACAUUACUGAGAGCAGCAUUAAAAGCCUAGAGAGCGAAGCUACAAAACUGGAAACAGCAAAUAGAGUUUUAAAGAAGAAAAUAAAUGUGAUUGAGCACCAAGUGAACCAGUACAUGCAGAAGACUAAGUUGACUGACAAGGAGAAACAGUUUGUAUUUCAUACGUUCUAUGUUCAGAUUAUUAAUGACUAUUUUCAUCUCAUUUUGAGUGGUACCCCUUUAACAAAUGCAGGGUGUCAGGAAUCUCAGUACAGACAUGAAAUAAACCAAAUAGAUUUAGAUAACUGCCAUCAUACGGAAUGUGGUAAGUGUAAUGCAGAUGAUGACAUCAUUGACAAUCGAAAUUCCUUCUGA